AUGCUCCUCAAAGAUUUUCCAUCUUCUUUUCGUUUUUCAGUGAGUUGUACAACUAGAAAAAAGAGAGAAAAUGAAAGAGAUGGAAUAGAUUACUAUUUUUUAAAUAAAGAAGACUUUGAAUUAAAGUUAAAGCAAAAUUUUUUUUUGGAGCAUGAUAAUUAUGCAAAUAAUUUAUAUGGAACAUUAAAGAGUGAAUAUGACAAGGCAGAAAUGGAAAAUAAAAUAUGUUUAUUUGAAAUGAAUAUUAACGGAGUUAAACAACUGAAGGAAUGUAAUUAUGUUAGUAACGGAAUAUACAUAUUUGUAAAACCACCCAAUACUGAUAUACUAUUAAGCAGAUUAAAAAAAAGAAAUACCGAGAAUCCCGAACAAAUAAAUAAAAGAAUGUACGAAUUAAAUCGAGAACUAGAUGAAGCUAAUAACAUAGACUUUAACAUGUUCUUAGUAAAUGACGAUCUUACAAAAACGUAUGAGCAGCUAAAGGAAUAUUUGAUGCAAUCCUAUCAGCAUUUGAGAAGCGGCAGCGGUUCGAGGUGA